CGCCGGCUGCCCGCGCUGUGAGCCGCGGAGCUGUCAGCGGGAGGAUCAGCUGAGCUGAGCCCGGCCGAGGGGAACCGAGAACACGGUCCUCGCCGCCCGAAGGCUGAGCUGCACAGCCUGACUGCCCGAGUCCACCCAGCGAUGCUGCUACUCGCCCUGCGCCGGGUUCGGGGCAGGGGCAGGGGCCGGGGGCGACCGGCCGAGGGUCCCCGCCGCGCGCGCUCGCCGCCCUGGAGCCCCGCCUGGAUUUGCUGCUGGGCGCUCGCCGGCUGCCAGGCAGCCUGGGCUGGGGACUCGCCCUCCUCCGGCCGCCCGCUUCCUGCGUGCCAGGAGAAAGAUUACCACUUUGAAUAUACAGAGUGUGAUAGCACUGGCUCCAGGUGGAGGGUCGCCAUUCCGAAUUCUGCAGUGGAUUGCUCUGGCCUGCCUGACCCAGUGAGAGGCAAAGAAUGCACUUUCUCCUGCGCCUCUGGAGAGUACCUAGAAAUGAAGAACCAGGUAUGCAGUAAGUGUGUCGAAGGCACCUACUCCUUGGGCAGUGGCAUCAAAUUUGAUGAAUGGGAUGAGUUGCCGGCAGGAUUUUCCAACGUUGCCACAUUCAUGGACACUGUGGUGGGCCCUUCUGACAGCAGGCCAGGUGGCUGUAACAACUCCGCUUGGCUGCCUCGUGGAAACUAUAUAGAGUCUAACCGUGAUGACUGCACUGUCUCUCUGAUCUAUGCCGUGCACCUUAAGAAGUCAGGCUAUAUCUCAUUUGAAUACCAGUAUGUGGACAACAACAUCUUCUUUGAGUUCUUUAUUCAGAAUGAUCAAUGCCAGGACAUGGAUGCCAGCACAGACAAGUGGGUGAGGCUCACAGACAGUGGAGAAUGGGGCUCCCAUUCUGUCAUGCUGAAGUCAGGUACAAAUAUUCUGUACUGGAGGACAACAGGCAUCCUUUUGGGUUCUAAGGCAGUCAAGCCCGUGCUAGUAAAAAAUAUCACCAUUGAAGGGGUGGCAUAUACCUCGGAGUGCUUCCCAUGCAAGCCAGGCACUUUCAGCAACAAACCAGGCUCAUUUAACUGUCAGAUGUGCCCCAGAAACACCUACUCUGAGAAGGGUGCUAAAGAAUGCAUAAGGUGUAAGGAGGACUCCCAGUUUUCAGAGGAAGGAGCCAGUGAGUGUGUGGACCGCCCACCCUGCACUACCAAAGACUAUUUCCAGAUCCACACCCCAUGUGAUGAAGAAGGAAAGACACAGAUAAUGUACAAGUGGAUCGAGCCGAAAAUCUGCAGGGAGGAUCUCCCAGACGCUAUCAGACUGCCCCCUUCUGGAGAGAAGAAGGAUUGUCCCCCGUGCAAUCCAGGAUUCUAUAACAAUGGAUCUUCUCCUUGCCAUCCCUGCCCCCCAGGGACAUUUUCCGAUGGAACAAAGGAGUGUAAGCCGUGUCCAGCAGGAACAGAGCCAGCGCUUGGGUUUGAGUAUAAAUGGUGGAAUGUGCUCCCUGCCAACAUGAAAACUUCGUGCUUCAAUGUUGGGAAUUCCAAGUGUGAUGGGAUGAAUGGUUGGGAGGUGGCUGGAGAUCACAUCCAGAGUGGGGCUGGAGGCUCUGACAAUGACUACCUCAUCUUAACCUUGCACAUCCCAGGAUUUAAACCACCAACGUCUAUGACUGGAGCCACGGGCUCUGAGCUAGGAAGAAUAACGUUUGUCUUUGAGACCCUCUGCUCAGCUGACUGUGUUCUAUACUUCAUGGUGGAUAUAAAUAGAAAAAGUACCAAUGUGGUAGAAUCAUGGGGAGGAACAAAAGAAAAGCAAGCGUAUACACACAUCAUCUUCAAGAAUGCAACAUUUACAUUUACAUGGGCGUUCCAGAGAACUAAUCAAGGUCAAGAUAACAGACGUCUCAUCAAUGAUGUGGUGAAGAUUUAUUCUAUCACAGCCACUAAUGCAGUUGAUGGGGUGGCAUCGUCAUGCCGUGCCUGUGCCCUUGGUUCUGAGCAGUCAGGCUCAUCCUGUGUACCCUGCCCCCCAGGCCACUACAUCGACAAAGAAACCAACCAGUGCAAGGAGUGCUCAGCUGACACCUACCUGUCCAUCCAUCAGGUCUAUGGCAAGGAGGCUUGCGUUCCCUGUGGGCCUGGAAGUAAAAGCACUCAGGAUCAUUCCACUUGCUACAGUGACUGCUUUUUCUAUUAUGAAAAGGAAAACCGCAGUUUGCACUAUGAUUUCCGCAACCUCAGUAGUGUGGGUUCACUUAUGAAUGGCCCCAGCUUCACCUCCAAGGGAACAAAAUACUUCCAUUUCUUCAAUAUCAGUUUAUGUGGACAUGAGGGGAGAAAGAUGGCUCUCUGUACCAACAACAUCUCAGACUUUACAGUAAAAGAAGUGGUGGCAGGGUCAGAUGACUACACUAAUUUGGUUGGAGCAUUUGUAUGCCAGUCAACUAUUAUCCCUUCUGAAAGCAAGGGCUUCCGGGCAGCCUUGUCGUCCCAGUCUAUUAUCCUGGCAGACACAUUUUUAGGAGUCACAGUUGAAGCUGCCUUGCAAAAUGUUAAUAUCAAGGAAGAUAUGUUCCCAGUGUCACCAAGUCAAAUACCAGAUGUGCAUUUCUUUUAUAAGUCUUCUGCAGCCACCACAUCUUGUAUUAAUGGACGGUCGACUGCUGUGAAGAUGCGGUGUAAUCCCAUGAGAUCUGGUGCAGGCGUGAUUUCAGUCCCCAGCAAGUGUCCAGCUGGCACCUGUGACGGCUGUACAUUCUACUUUCUAUGGGAGAGUGCAGAGGCUUGCCCUCUAUGCACAGAGCAUGACUUCCAUGAAAUUGAGGGAGCCUGCAAGAGAGGACUUCAGGAAACAUUAUAUGUGUGGAACGAACCUAAGUGGUGCAUUAAAGGGAUUACUUUGCCUGAGAAGAAGGUGUCAACCUGUGAAACGGUUGACUUUUGGCUGAAAGUGGGAGCCGGUGCGGGGGCAUUCACAGCCGUUUUGUUGGUGGCUUUAACAUGCUACUUUUGGAAAAAGAAUCAAAAGCUGGAAUACAAGUAUUCUAAAUUAGUAAUGACAACUAACUCAAAAGAGUGUGAACUCCCAGCGGCAGACAGCUGUGCCAUCCUGGAAGGUGAAGAUAAUGAAGAGGAUGUUGUAUAUUCCAACAAACAGUCACUAUUAGGAAAACUUAAGUCUUUGGCUACAAAGGAAAAAGAUGACCACUUUGAAUCUGUUCAGCUGAAAUCCUCAAGAUGCCCCAAUAUAUGAAGAGACAGUGCUGUAGCUUUCAGACCGAUGAGCAAGGACACCCGAUCUUUAGUUUUGCAGGACCCCUGUUAGGACUCAUCCUCACACCUGUCACGUCUGUGAUGUCACAGAGGAGGUGUGCCACCAAGAGGAGGAGGCAGACAUACUGAUUGCCUUAUAACACGUCACAUACUUUGUCAAACUACAGAAGACAAAUGUUCUGGGUCUCACUGAAGAUGAAGCUUAACUCAGGAAGAGAUUUAGCUGUAUAUACACAUAACUGAAACCCAAGUUUAAGCCCACCAAUGCACUGCUGAUGCAUGCCAUAUAAUUACUGGGUAACUUUAAUUCUUCAUAAUGUCUACAUAAAAACAUGUGUGUUAGAAGGCAGACAUAAGCAUAUGCCUUGUGUUCCCAUGUAUGUCUUGGUCUUGUCAUUUGGGGGAAGAUUUGAGAGAAAAAUUUAUGUUAUAAUUAUUUUCCCUUUAUUUCUCCAAGACUUGAAGACAUCUUUUCUAUUAAAAUGAUGAGUGAUGAAAGACAGUAAAUUUUCAUAGGAUAUUUUCUCUUGACUUCAGAAGCCUAGGAUGUCAGUAAUAUUUUUGCGAAGUUAUUUACUUGGGUUAUCAAAGUUGAUUCUUGCUUUUAAACUCUACCUUUGUUGGAACUAGUAUGAAGAAAUUAACUAAUUGCUUGAAGGAAUCUUAAGGGGGAGGGAAUAAUAUCCAAGGAGAAGCCUCUGCAUUCCAUUAAUUCAAAUAAUCUCGUAUGAUCAGAAGUCAGAGGGUGGUUUAAGGCAGUUUGAGUGUUGCUGAAGAGCAAAGCAAGUGGAACACCUUGCUUACCAGUCAUGAAGAAGCAGGAGGAUGGUUUGUCUUUUUUACAGAUGGGCAGCUCAGAGGCUCCACAAAUGUCUGCUGGCCUGUCCCUCCAUCAGGUAGCCCCCCCCAGAGCUUUGGUGGUUUUCUAAAUUUUUCCUUUGCUACAAGACUUUUAGGGUUAUGAAUUUCUUGGAAAAUUUUAUUUUUAGGCCAGUAAGGAAAAAAUUCAAUUUUUGAAAUGUAUAUCCUUGUAUUCAUAGUAAGAAUCUUAUUAGCAGUUACGAAAUAUGUAUUGUUCCUGUUCAAAAGUAACCCAGAAAACUGUGACAUUCUUUAUGAUGGAUUAUGAGUAUUAGUGUGACUUGGAUAUUAUUUUUGGAAGAAGUUUGAAGGUUAAUUUGGUCAAUUUUGUGUAAACUCUUAGCACUGGGAAGGAGGAGAGUAUCUUGCCCAUUGUUGGUCUAAGAUGUUCUGUUUUGUUUCCAGUAAACCGUAAUCUUUACAGAUUUUUAAUCCAAAAAUUUGAAAAGAGUUUUGAUUGUCUGAAGGAGGCAAGAGCCCUAUGUUUUUGCCUGAGGUGUUUCUGUGACUUGUAACGUUUGAUUCUGUGGGUGAUGUAGUCUUUAUUUUUGUGAAAAAUGGGAGAAAAUGAAUAAAUGAAUAAUUGUUCUUAUUGACCAGUGGGUAAAACACUCGACUUUGUUGCCAUCACUAAAAGAUGGUUUUAUGUGUAUGUGUGUGUGUGUGUGUCUGUUAUUAAAUACAGAAAUAGAUGAUGUAUUAUUGUUUGUCUGAGAGAAUGUUACUUAGCAUUUUUGCAUUUAAUUUCUAAGAUAUUCCUCUGAAUAAGAAACUAUUUUGACUCUGUUCAUUUUUGUCCUACUAUCAGAAUAUUGGCAUUUUUUCCCUGUCAUAAUCAAAAUGUAAUCACAAGAGUGGAAAUACACUUGAAAUGUCAUUCAGAGGAAGCCAGCAGACUUGUGAAAUCAGACUGGACAGGGUCAGAGAGCUCCUUCCAUUACCAUCACCAUUUCUUUCGUCUCCUGCUCUGCUCAGCACCCAUGUUUCAGGCCAUAGAGAUAAUUGGGAUUUGCUCGCAGGUAGAUCUUUCUCUGCUUGUCACUGGACCAAAAUCUGACAUGUCAAAAAUGCCUUAAAUUUUAAUGAAUUCUCUGAAAAUGCAGUUGAUAUUGAAGAAGUUAUUUAUUUUACUUCUAACUUUAGAUAUUAAAUAGAAUUUUGUCAUCUCAGUCCCAUCUUUGGAUUCCCCUGGCUUGUCAUUUUAUUCUAAGAGCUAAAGAAAAAUGACAGAGAGAAUAUUAUGAGGACAAUAGGCAGACCAAUUUUAGAUAUACAAUUCUGCUUAGUUUUAUGUAUGGCCUUUGAUAAGCCCAGUGAAAUAAUUGACUUAUUCCUCUUAUCACUACUAGUGCUAGAAAAAUAUAUUAUUUGUUUUCUUUUUCUACAUGGCAUGGUUUAGAGCCUUAAGUACUUCAUUAAGUCAGCUGUUGCCUAUAACGUCUCUUAGCGCUGUAUCAAAACAUAUUUCAGUCAAUUUCCUACAUGUCUUCUAUGGAUUAGUUAUAUUAUACCAUUUAAUAAUGUUGAGCAAUUUGAUAUGUAUUCACUUGAUUUAAAAGACUGAAUUUUGUUAUUAUUGACCUCUCACCUCUUUGGUUACUAAUAAUCAUAUCCUUCUUAGGAUUAAAAACAUUUCAUAAUA